AUGACACCGCAAAUUCUAUAUCCUAUUACAAUUCCAGGGUCACACAACAGGGUCACACAACAGGGUAACCAGCCCCAAAACGAAGACCAUGCUCCUAUUUCUAAAUCCAAGGUCACACAGCAGGGUAACCAGCCCCAAAACGAAGACCAUGCUCCUAUUUCAAAGUCCAAAGUUACACAGCAGGGUAAUAAAACUCAUAGUGGUAGCAACGUUAAUAAAUCAAUUACAAAAUCCUCUGUACCACAUAACCCUAAUUCUAAUAAUGGUGCAAUAAAUUCCCAACGAAGGACAUAUGCAUCUAUGGUAUCCGGCACUCCGAAAUACAUGCCCGCCAUAUCUCCUCUUACAACAUCCAUGGUCGAUACCUCAAACACCACACCUGAAAUAAAAAACAAUAUAUAUAACAAAAUACAUAACGUUACUUCAAAUCCAUCCGAAAAAUACUUACCCUUUGUGGAAGUUCAAACCUCUGUAUCUACCAAACGACUUAAGCUCCUUGUUGACAGUGGUGCAUCUAUUAGCCUUAUAAAGAAAUCAUCUAUUCAAAACAUGCCUGAAAUAGACGAACAUACUAUAACAUUUUCAGGAAUUGGAACUGCAGAUAAACCAAUGAAGUCAUUUGGACGUAUACCUAUCGAAUUCAACUCUCUGAAGUAUCGAUUUCAUAUUAUUGAUAACAUAAAUUUUCCUUACGAUGGUAUAAUUGGAAACGAUUUCCUAUCAGACAACUACUCAAACAUUGAUUUUAGGAAUGAAUCGCUUACGAUUAGUCAAGUUGAACUUGCUUUAAAAUUUAAUGAACCAAUAUAUACUAUUGCUCCCCGAACUGAAACCAUCAUAGAAUGCUCGGUACUUAAUCCAGAAAUAGGUGAAGGCUUGAUGGUAGAUCAAAAUCCCGUCGACUCAAUUCUAAUUGCUAACUGCAUUGUCAAGGUUAAACCUAAUUCUAGGAUAAACAUUUCUGUUGUAAAUAUCUCUGAGUCUCUAAUUACGUUAAACUCAAAUUUAAAACUUACGCCCUUGGAAAACAAAGAAAAUCACCAAAUAUUCAAUAUAUCUCAUACAAUCCCCAACAAUGCUGUUAACAGAACUGAGCAGGUCUUAGACCUUUUAAGAGUCACUCACCUUAAUAACGAAGAACGAGACUCAUUAUUCAAUCUCUGCGCUGAAUUUUCGGAUAUAUUCCACCUCCCUGAAGAUUCUCUGACUUGUACUAAUGCUCUCGAGCACCAGAUACCAACCUCUUCCUCUGUACCCAUUAAUACAAAAUCAUAUCGAUUUCCUGAAGUUCAUAAACAAGAGGUAAACAAUCAGAUUAAUAAAAUGCUUAAUGAAGGAAUAAUCAAACCGUCAACUUCUCCAUGGUCAUCUCCGAUCUGGAUAGUUCCAAAAAAGCUCGAUGCUUCCGGUCAGCGUAAAUGGCGCAUUGUUAUCGACUAUCGCCGAUUAAAUGAUAUCACUAUUGGAGAUUCUUACCCUAUUCCUAAUAUUUCAGAGAUUUUUAGACCAAUUGGGUAA